AGGUUGUGACCGGAGGGACGUUUGAAAUCCAACCGGCAGUGUGUGAGCGCAGUGUUAGCCGGCCGCUCGCAGUUUGCGUUAUAGUUGGAUUUAAACCUCACUUUUUACGCUUUUACCUUUUCACACGACAUCGAAACGGCGUUUGAAAGUACCGCGGAAGCGCUGCCAUAAAAUACCCAGCCGUGUAACGUUACAGCGGAUGUUUGUGUAGCUGCAAACAUCAGCUCUCGUUAACUGGCCGACGUAUGUUAGCUUCGCGCUAGCCAGGGCAAGCUACCUGCUUGAGAGCUUCUCUGGGUUUUAAUUCGGGUUAUCGGUCACUGUGCAAUAACAAUAUUUUUGGAAGAUGGACUCUGCUGCCAGACUCAAGCUGACAAAGGAUAUGAAACUUCAAAGGCCCGAAGUGAAGUCAAACGGUGACGGUCCGAAGCGGAUUCCUGUGUCACAACACUCUCAGACGGCUGUAGUUACACCAACUCAGCACCAGCGGGUCCUUGGUGUGUCGAACGGACCUCAGCGCAUUCAGCGGCCUGUGAGCCACCAGAAACCCGUGUCCCACGUCUCCGUUGCUGUCAAGUCCACACACCCAGUUGAUCAAAAUGUGAACCCUGCUACUCAGAAAGGGAAUCCGGUGCCACAGUCCAAACGUGUUUCCCAGCAAAACCAGUCAAAGACGACUGUGCCCAAGGUUAACCCCGAGCCGGCCAAACCAACUUCAGAGCUGGCGAAGCCGGAGAAGCCACAGAACAAACCUGCCAAGAAUGAUUCAGCAAACGAUUCUGCAUCAAACAAGCGAUGGAGCCUGGAAAACUUUGACAUCGGACGUCCCUUAGGAAAGGGUAAAUUUGGCAAUGUCUACCUUGCCAGAGAGCGCCAAAGUAAAUUCAUCUUGGCCCUGAAGGUGCUCUUUAAGAAGCAGCUGGAGAAGGCCGGUGUGGAGCACCAGCUGAGGAGAGAAGUGGAGAUCCAGUCUCACCUCAGGCACCCCAAUAUCCUGCGUCUCUACGGUUACUUCCAUGACUCAUCGCGUGUGUAUCUCAUCCUUGAGUUUGCGCCAAAGGGCGAACUGUACAGCGAGCUGCAGCGCUGUGGCAGUUUUCCUGAGGACAGAAGUGCCACAUACAUCAUGGAGCUGGCAGAUGCCCUCAACUAUUGCCACUCCAAGAAGGUGAUUCACAGGGACAUCAAACCAGAGAACCUGUUACUGGGGGCCAAUGGGGAGCUGAAGAUUGCAGAUUUUGGCUGGUCUGUUCAUACACCCUCCUCCAGGAGAUCCACGCUGUGUGGAACACUGGAUUACUUGCCUCCAGAGAUGAUCGAGGGAAAAACUCAUGACGAAAAGGUGGACCUGUGGAGUCUGGGUGUCCUUUGCUACGAGUUCCUGGUUGGAAAACCCCCCUUCGAAGCAAAAACUCACGAGGAGACCUACCGCAGGAUAUCGAGGGUGGAGUAUACUUACCCUGCACAAACAAACACCAGCGCUGGAGCCAAAGACUUGGUUGCCAGGCUGCUGAAGCACAACCCUAUGCACAGACUGCCCAUCCAGGGAGUCCUGUCCCACCCCUGGGUGGUUGAGUCCUCCUCCAAGAAGCCCACAACCCUGAACAACGAAGAGCCCAGCAAAUGAGGCCUUGUGUUCCCCUACACCCGACAUCUGAUGAACACGAGGGCGGAUUAGUGCCGAACACAAAGGCGUGAAACACAAACACCGGUGCAUACAGCUGAUCUAUCAGAAUCUGCUCGUACUGCUACAUUGACUACGAUUCACUUCACAUGGAUGUUUGUCUGCAGGCAUCUUGAGCCACUUGGUUUAUCUUUUUCUUACACUUUUUUUAUCUUCUUACCCUUUUUUGAGUUUCCUCAUCUUACCCGAUGGCAUCCUGUUGCCUGUAAAUAUUUCACUGUAUUUGUAUAAUUAUGAAAUUUUAUCAAGCUUUUCUAAAAUGCCAUUACUUGAAAUAAAAAAUAAAUUAUCUUUCAUU